GGCUCCUUCUCCACUGCACCGCUCUCCGCCCCGGACAGCAGCUCCAUCCACGACACCACGAUCCAGGAAAUGCCGACGUCUGGCCCUUCGGUUACCGGAUAAAUGACUGCAGCCGCCUGCACCGUAGCACGCUGAUCCCUCUGAAGUUGCACAGCUAACCUACUCGACGGCCAACAUAGAAGAUGCAGACAAGAUGUUGGCAGAGUUGUUAGGAUGGCUGAGGCAGGACGGAAACACAGCGGCGUUGUGAAGAGAAAUGAUCCAUGUUUACCUGCAUCCAUGCAGCUCCAGGGCACCAUUUAAUGAUGCCUUGUUCAGUCCUGUUGAAUAACUGUUGGCCCACACUAAGGAAGGCCCUCUGUUUUCAUUUACGGUCCAAUCUGUUGAUGUUCCCCGCCCUCUGACCUCUCUGCUGCCUCGCAGUUAGCCCCAUGAGGCUCCAGGAGCCCUUCCCUGCUUGUCUGUGAGGCCUCCUCUCCACUCUAUGGAGGCUGAGCCCAGCCGCUCAGCUGAUGGGCAGCGCUCUGAAAGGCAAGAGCUGCAGCAGCAUGUGACAGCUGAAUCCUCACAAGGAUCUUGUCCACUUCAGCAGCCGCAGCAGCCUCUAAAUCCUCGCCCUGUGCACAGAGCUCUGGGACGCCUGCAGCAUCGCCAGCCCAGACGCACUGACCUUCUGCUUCGGUUGCAGCAGCAGCAAGCAAUAGCAUGGCAGCACUCGGAAAACCCCGGUCCCUCUGGAGGCAGCUUCUAUUCUUCAGCUUCAACCUCCUCUCUUCAAUCUACUCCCUCCACCCUGGGUGAACCAGGUUCAUUGGCCCCCUCCCAGUCCAGCCAAGAGGGCACAGAAGGGGGCAGCUCAUCCAGAAAAGGAGAAAAGAAACCCCAAAAACCAGGAAAAUAUGUGUGUUCCUACUGCGGCCGUCCAUGUGCCAAGCCAAGUGUUCUUCAGAAACACAUUCGCUCCCACACUGGAGAGAGACCGUUCCCGUGUGUCCCCUGUGGUUUUUCUUUCAAGACCAAGAGCAACCUGUACAAGCACCGCAAGUCACAUGCUCAUCGCAUCAAAGCAGGAUUGGCAUGCAGUCGUGAUGAGCCGAGUUUGAGUGGACCAGAGGGCAGCGGUGUUGGUGAAGACCCUGAGGAACAUUCUGAGGGAGAAAGCACCGAGUCUGAGGAAGAGACAGGACAACACACCAAGUCCUCCUCAAAGGAGACGAUGAGCCAACAAAGGAAAGGUGGUAAGGAGGGGCCCGGGGCCUCAGAGGAGAUACAAAGACCUGAGGACUCCCAGGCAGUUAAGCAAAGGUUGGCACUGAGGCUCAGUGAAAGGAAGCGUGGACCUAAACCUUCUCCAGACGAUCCAUCAUCCUCCCUUUCCACUUCAUCUUCUUCUGUAGGUCCUGGCAGUAAAGGCAGCACAGAAUCUGGUUACUUUUCAGGAUCUGGAAGCACUGAGUUGUCCCAGGUUAGCCCCCCUAGUGCGAGUGCCAAAACCUACGCUGAAAUUAUUCUCGGGAAAUACGGAAGACUUGGAGGACAGCAGCGCACCCCCCUUCAACAGCACCCCCAUUCCUCUGUGUCCUCGUCCUCGAUAACGGAAGAGAAGAGCAUUCCUUUCACUGUACAAAAAACCCAAGUUAUAGAACACAUUACGAAGCUCAUUACUAUCAAUGAAGCAGUGGUGGACACCAGUGAGAUUGACAGCGUGAAGCCACGGCGCUCCUCUUUGUCUAGGAAAAGCAGUAUGGAGUCGCCUAAAUUUAGCGCCCCUAAAGAUCCUUACACAUUUGAUCCCAAAGGAGAAACCCCAGGACCCAGCGGUUUGAGGCAUCUCCUGAAUCCUGAGGCCGAGGCACCAGGCACUCAGGGGUUGUCGUCCGUACCUCUGCUAAGAAGCCAGUCAAUGCCAUCGUCUACCAGCCAAGGAGAUCCUUCUACCUCCGGAACUAAUGCACCUAGAGGUUAUCGCCUCUGCCAGUCGUUUGAUGAACAGCAAGCAAUGGUAGCAGAGAUGAGGGUGGGCCAUGCUCACCGUAUGCUCAAGCGCCAGCCUGCCAUAGAGGUCCCACUGGGAGCUGAAGUUAUGCUGGAAGAGGCUGGGCCCCUCACCUCCUCCUGCUCCUCCUACUCCUCCUCAGCCAGGCAGCAGCAACAGCAGAAGAGUCACAGCCUGUUUGAAUGUAAAGAAUGUGGAGCUCACUUCCAGUGCAGUGACACCUAUGAGGCCCACAGAGUUGUCUGCCCCGGGAAGAAGGCACAGGAGCAGGAGAGCAGGAAAACCUGCAGAGAAGAUCGCCCCCCAAUGAUGAUGCACUAUAAAUUCCGGGCACUGGCAAUGGCAGUGAGGAAGAGGAGGAAAGAGGAGAGUCUAGAGGAAGAUCCUCCCAGUCCUGGACCAAUGUCCACGUCAGGCAGCUCUGCAGGCCACGCUCUCAUGUCAAGCAGAAUGGAACACCACCCACCCCCCUCAGGUUCCUUACAGACUGAGCCAAAAGAACAGCAGCAGGACAGGAAGGGAGUGUCUGUCAUCCAACACACAAGCUCCUUUGAGAAGCAGGAAAGUGUGUCCAUGGAAAGUCAGGAACCAGACCUCAGAGAGCGUCAGCAAACACAAAAACCCGAGCCAAAACCAUCACCCACUACAUCUCGCCUCAUCCGCCAGCCAAAUAUCCAAGUGCCAGAGAUACUUGUUACUGUGGAGCCUGAUGCUGACAUGCCAUCUGUGACAUCACCAGUGGCAGCUGCCACCUCCAAGGAGGCAGAGAAAAUGGAAGAGUUCCAGUGGCCUCAGCGUAGUCAGACGUUGGCCCAACUACCUGCGGAGAAACUGCCACCAAAGAAGAAGAGACUUCGUCUGGCAGAAGUAGCUCAUUCCUCUGGCGAGUCCAGCUUUGAAUCCGUGUCUCUGUCACGCAGCCCCAGUCAGGAGAGCAGCAUCUCCCACACUUCCAGUCUCUCCGCAUCGUUUGAAGACACAGCGAGAUUGGAGCCCGCCGCUUGGGCGGUCGGCAGCCAAAGCUCCCAGAUGUUGAUGGUGCCACCUGUUUCCCACCCACACCACCAUAGUCACAAGGAAAUGAGGCGCUCGGCCUCAGAGCACACGCCAUCCAGCCCUCAGCAAACAGAGCAGAGCUCAGAGAGCAGAAGUAAGUCCUUUGACUACGGCUCCCUCUCCCCUCAGCAGCAGUCCACGUCCUCCUGGAAAGAAAAGAGAAAAUGUCUGCUGGUGAAGCACGCCACCUUAGGGGAGCCCGAUCCAGAGGAAGGAACCAGCUCCAGUCAGCUGUACAGAGGAGAGGGUCCAAAGUGUGGGACGUCCCAUUCCGUCCUUCCUCCCCUGUGCUCAGCUGAGGGAAGCCCUCAGUUCAGCCUGGAAGAAAAAGGAAGAGCUCUGCAGCGUUUACAGUCACCGAUCUUCACACCCCACCCAGAUCUGCAGCCCUUGAAGCCCAGAGGCCAACAAACAUUCCCUGCAUUAUCACAAUCCCAGCUAUUCCCCGUCACUUCAGCCAUGUCUGAGGUACUUUCCACAGAGAUUGUUCACAGAGCUUUGGUACAGUCUCAUUCAGGACCUGCACAUUUACAAAUACACCCAGCACAGAUCCACAUGGCAGAGCAGCUGGGGUUUCCACUCCAUCAUCUACCAGCUGUUGUUCCCUUGCACUUCCCUUCCAGCACUAGAGUCAGUGAGUCUCUCUGCUUGCCUGUUCCUCAAAGACACAUCACAUAUGUUUCUUCUCCUUCCACUACAGACAGCAGACCCUCCGUCAUGUCUGUGUCUUCUGACCGUGUUCAUCAGUCCUCGGUAAUAGCGCCCUAUCACCACCCGCGGCCAGUCAUUGCGACAUGUUUGGCACAGCUUACGCCGGUCGUAUCUCUCGUGGUUCCUGUGCGCCUCCAGACGCACAUACCUACCUACGCCAGUGCCAUGUACACCACUCUGUCGCAGAUCCUAACCUGCACGCACUCACAGACAACCAUCUCCUGCACGGCCAUGGCCAUCAUGGGCCAGGCCGAGAGAGAAAAACUGCAGAGGUCGUACUUAAAAGUCCCAUCUCCAGACAUUAUUCUUCCCUUGUCUCUGUCUGCUGAGCUGUCCUCAGGAUCUGGUGAGGCGUACGGUCCACUGGGGGCUGGAGGGAGCAAACGGAUGCUCUCUCCUGCUGCAAGUUUGGAGCUCAGCACGGAGGCUCAGCGUCACCUGAAAAGGGUAAAAGAGGAAGAGGAGGGGGAGAAACAUAAGGAAAAAGAGGAGGAGGAAGAACAGGAGGUGGAAAGGACAGAGGGCGAUAAGGUCAAAAUUAAAUCCAAUGGGAGAAAACUGGAUUUGGGAAAGAAGGAACACUCUCUAAGGGUCAAAGUAGAGGGGGAGCAGCAGAAAAUGCCAAGGAAACAUAACAAGGAAGAAAGGGAAGAUGAGGUGAAGGAACUGGCUGAAAAGUCCGGUCAAAAGAAUGUGGCAGCACCUCUGGUGGUAGAGGGUGUGGAGAGACUCAGCCUCCCUUCAUUUCCAAGCCUUCAUACCUCCACCUCUGUCAACUGGUGCUACCUGAAUUAUGUCAAGCCUAACCCAGCUGCACAGAGGGACCCACGCAAUUCUGUUUAUUCUACCUGGAGCAUAAGUGCUCACAACCCCAACCUGCCUGGCCUCAGCACUAAAAUGGUCUUGUCUCUACUGUGCUCCAAACAAAAGCACAGCACAGAGACGUACACCAUGGCCACGGCCCCACAACCAGCCAAACACAGCUCAUGCGCCGCCAGUAGCAGGAGUCCUCAUUUGUCAGAGGUAUGUGCCACUUCACCUAACACUCCCACUGAAGUAAGGGAUCAGCAACAACAGCAGCAGCAGGAGAGGGAGGAGCCUAAAGAGAAGAAAGAGGAAGGAGCGCCAUCUACUUCCAAACAGGGCGAACCUUCUCGUGUCCGCAUCUUUGAAGGCGGGUAUAAAUCCAAUGAAGAGUAUACAUAUGUGCGCGGGCGCGGCCGAGGGAAGUACAUAUGUGGAGAGUGUGGCAUCCGCUGCAAGAAACCCAGCAUGCUGAAAAAGCACAUCCGAACACACACAGAUGUCCGUCCCUACAUUUGCAAACACUGUAACUUUGCCUUCAAAACCAAAGGAAACCUUACCAAACACAUGAAGUCGAAGGCUCAUGGGAAAAAGUGUCAGGCGAUGGGAGUAUCUGAGUCAUCACUGGAUGAGCCAGAGAGUGAGGAAACAGAAACAGCAGGGAGUGAUGAGCGUGUGUGCGGCUCAGAGGAACAAGAGGAGCAUCAGUUCUCCGACGAAGAGUCUGAAGAAGACGACGACAACGAUGACAAUGAUGAUGAGGACGAAGAAUCCGUAUCCCAGGACAAUCCACCAUCCUCUUGUUCGUCGGACACCCACCUCUCCACUGGAGGACGCUCCAGCUGCAGUAGACAGUCUCAACAGGGUACUUCUGACCCUGAGCCCUCCGCAGGCCUCAGUCCCAGUCAGGAGCACUCCCCCAGGGGGGUUUGGCUCAGCAGACGGGCUGCGUCUCCAGCCAGCAGGAGGGCACUUUACUCCCAGCGGGGCUGGAAGGCAUCACCCAGAGCCUUCUCCCCGAGCAGUGAGAGCUACUCUCCCAGCCGCAGUCUCUCCCCUCGCCUGGAGCUGUCCUCACCCCUCCACAGCCUCUCUCCCAGGACUGAGCUUUCCUCACCCAGCAGACACGUCUCACCUUCUCCUGAAAGAGGACCAUCUCCCAUCAGACCCCUUUCACCUCUUCAAUCUGUUUCAUCCAGCUGCUACAGAUCAUCAAAAGCUCGGACGCCUCCCUCACCGCUUAGGUUGCAACACAGGCCAACUGGAUAUCUGCCGUGGGAGAGUCCCAGUACCAGGACGAGUCAUGCUAAACUGGAGAAAAGAGGAACAUCAAUUGGUGAGGGACCAACAUUCCCAGAAACCAGCUGGUUCCCAUCUGCUUUCCGUCUUUCUGUAUGUGAAGGUUAUCCUGGACAGCAGGCAGCGGAUAACAUUUUCAGCCAUCUUCCCCUGCACUCCCAACAAGCCAAGGUCCCUUAUCUGAUGAUCUCCAUCGGAGGCAUUCAAAUGGUACAGGCCAAACACAGGUCCCACCCCACCACUCCCUCGUCCCCUACAUCUCCGCCCUUGGAGGGGUCGUCAGGUGCCAGGUUUGAGUCAUACUGGGGUAGAACAGCCAGAACUCAAGGGCUUAGGACUCCUGGAGACCACUGGUCAGAGCCCCAGACCGCAGGAACCAGCCAGUCAGGGGGCUACGUUUUAAGCACAACUCCAACAUGUUCCAAAGUGGAGAUGGAGACCACAGACUCAAAGCAAUAUGGCAGCUCACACAGCUCCGCCCACACUUGUCAGUCUGGCACUGAGACUAAGGAACGCUGUGUAAGAGACAGUCGUUCAGGAGUGUCCCUCAGUCCAGAAGCUCCUGUAGCCGCUUGUCUCACUGGACGGCAGCAGGAAGAGGAGGAGCCACCAUCUAGUAGUGAUCAGGAAGAGGGAGGAGCUAAAAAAGACUCGUCCAGAACAGACCACAGCACUUAACAGUGUCUGCAACUCGAUGCAUCCUGCAUCUCAUUUUGCUUUAUUGGUUGCUACACUAGUCUUGUUUUUUAUUGGUUUGUUUUUAUACAGUUUUCAAUACUUGUUAACUUAAAUGUUUGUUCCUUGGCAACAUUCAGGUUUGUUAUAAAAAUGCACUUUUUUUCUUUGUGAAAAUCUUUCUGUAGAUUUAUCUAUUUAAAAAAAUAUAAAUAUAUAUACCGUGAAUGUCCUUAAUUUUUCCAGUUGGGAUUUAAAUUUGCCAUGUGUCAGUCUUUUCAAAUGCAAGGUUUAGAAAUAAAUAUGUUUUUUUAUAAUUAGUAAUCCUAUAUAAAUAUACAUUUUAAUGUGGUAGGUCGCCAUGUCUUUUUUUAUGUAGGUCAAUUUUUUGGAGGUUGUUAAUAACUGAAGAAAAGCAAUAGAAUACAGAGGACAACAAAGACCUACAGGGAAACUGACAGAACAUCUUGACUUAGCUUAUCUUAACAACUUAGCCCCAGAACAGUUGUUAUUGGCAAAUGUUGGUCAAAAUAUUUGAUUCACUUUUACAAAAUAAUAUGGUUUGCUUCCUACGCUGUCCAACCUGGUCGUUGCCCUGUUCUGUUAUGAAGGAGUGGAUUGACCAAGUAGGAUCAUUCUUUGGAAUUACCUCAGAUUAGGUAAGACAACAAAGUAUCUUGUUCACAAAAGCUCAUUAAUAAUUCCUCCACAGAAUUUCAGCUCUGUUGCCGUGUGUGAAUUCUGUCUGAGAGGUUCUUUCACCGUCACCUUCUGUGCAGCUCUUAAAGCAUCUCUUCAAUAUGCAGGUCCUGAGACCGUAUUGUUCUUCCAUUGUCAGCUUCUUUUCUUCAAAUGUCCUUUAUCUCAGUGCUGUGGUGGGACAGGAUGCAGUAAACACAGCAUUUUGUUUUUACAGACAGGAGGACAGAGAAGCUUCAACAAAGCUCAGGGCCUGGUUUCCAAAAGUGGCAGCCCAUAUUUAUAAACAAAAUAAAAUAAAAAAACACUAAGAUGAUGUGGUAUAUUUAAAUUUUAACUGGAAAAAUUAAUUAAAAAAAUACAGAUGCACACAUGUUUGAUUUGACAUUUAAAUAUAUACAUAUACAGUACAUCUUAAUGUCUCUUUGAAUACUAUAACAAAAAAAGGAACAUGAAUAAAUUUGUAAAUGACCAAAAUGAAUAAUUAUUCCAUUUUUGUUUGUCCAGUAUUAUUCAAACUAUAAUUACUUGUGCCUUUUCUGUGCAGGUUUGCUUUUCAGAUGUACAGUACAUGUAGACAGAGAGACGGCUGUGAAAACUUAUAUCUGCUAUUUGUGUUGUUGUUUAAAGAGGGAUAAUAUUUGGUGUUUUUUUUUUUUAAUUGUUUCCUUUUCAGAGGACAUUGCUUUAAAACGCCAGGGUAAUGCAGAAUUGCGUGGUGAAAAUGUUGAAGGAGAGGAGAAACAUGUCAGAGGAAAUGCACUGAAGAUCUAUUUUUAACUACAAAAAUAGAUUAAAAUUUAUCUCUGUACAGGGAAGAGUGCUUUUUAUUUAUUGUUUUUGAUGAUAAUGGUCAUCAUGGUGUUGUUGUUUUUUUGUUUUGUUUUUUUUUCUUCAUUUUUUUACCUUUUGUUAUUGGAAAAAAUACUUUGUUAUACAUGUGUUUUUCCCUUGAUUUUGUUGUGACUUGAAUUGGUGGCAGACAUGAGAGAUGGACUGGUUUGUACUGGAGGAUCAAGUGCCCUGCAAAUUUCACACACAGCAAAAUUUCUUAUCACUGAGGAAAUUAAAAAAAAUGCACCACA